CUUUCUUUCUUCCCGCUGCAGCCGAACAACAAAAAAAGGGGAACCCAGCCAUGCUUUGAAAAACCGGUGAGAUAAGCUUGAUUUCUCCUUCUUUUCUUGCUCUACAACACAUGUAGAACCCAGAAAUUUCCCCCACCCCUCUGCAGAAUCCGGAUCUGCUCUGCUUUGCUCUGUCCUUCCGCCGGCUGCUCCUGCUUUGUGGGGGUGAUUUGCUCCGGUUUUGGGUAAGAAACAGCUACCAAUUCCUUUGUUCUUCCUUAAAUUGGCUUGGGUUUACUCUAAAUCCCCUUGAUUUCUCCAAUUUCCGGUGGAUUUCCCUUGAAUUUCUCCUACACUUGCCGCCGGCUUCUCCCCCUGCCAAGUCCGGUUCUGCAGCUGGAAAAUUUAUGGAAGCGAAGUCGAGGACGGGGAAACCAUGGGAAGUGACGAGUUAGAGGCUAGCCAUUUCGAGAUUAAUAUAGAUUUUAGAAAUAAAUCAUGAUCUUAUAAACUCGACUUUAUUGGAGAUUUAUGAUAUCAAGAAGAUUUUAAAAUUUGAUAUUCAGAUUUUGAUGGUUGUUGAUGGACAAGUUUGCUGUAUCAUGAUUUCGUUAUGUAUAAUCCCUUCUUCUCUGCCUUCCAGAUCCAAGUAUCCUCCUUGUCUUUUGGGAAUUCAGUCAUAUCGAUCCAUUGCUUUAAAUCCUGUAGUGAUUCGGUCUCCCAAGAAAACAAGCUUCGCCUCCAUUCAAAGUUCCAUGACCAUGUUUCACCUUCCCAGCUACCCAUUUCCUGUAUAGAGCUUUCCUUUCCUGUAGAUAGCAUAUAUAAUCUUGGGAAAGCAUUAGCAAACACUCCUGCAUUGCUCCAACUAUCCUUCCAAAAGCUAACACUAUUUCCUUUGCCAACCUUAAGCUCAUAACCAUCCAAUAACCACCCUCUUCCGUU